AUGGCUUCUUAUUCUCUAAUACGCAUUCCUCUUGCCAACCCUUUAUUAAACAAACGUAUCCAUGUCAAAAUAUCAACACCAUCUUCUCAGUCGCACAUUAACAACUUCCUAUCAAUGCCUUUGCAAUUCAAAGCUGUAGCAGUUUCCCAGAGGAAUGUGAAAAUGGCAGUAAUAGCAGGCAAGACGCCAAACAAAAAGGAAUUGUACUCAGUAGAGAGUAAAUCAGGAUUUGUGGAGGAGAUGAGAGCUGCAUCGUUGAAACUGCACACAAGAGAGCACUCUAAGAAAGGACAAAAGGAGAUUAAGCAGCCAGAAGAUAGAGCCUUGUCCAAAUGGGACCUUUCCAUUCAAGGGCUUAUAAGCUUUUUAGUUGAAAGCAAGUCUAUGUAUGAUACAGUUGAAAAGAUCCUGAAAAACCCUGAUUUUCCUUUUAGUGUGGAGUUGGAAAACACAGGAUUUGAGAGGUCUGCAAAUUUGCAGAAAGACUUGGAGUGGCUUAAAGAACAAGGGUAUGACAUUCCUGAACCUUCUAGUCCAGGUGCUGACUAUGCAAAAUACCUCAAGAAAUUGUCGGAAAAUGAUCCUCAAGCAUUUAUUUGCCACUUUUACAAUAUUUACUUUGCCCACACCGCCGGUGGUCAAAUGAUUGGGAAGAAGGUAUCUGAGAAGCUCCUUAACAGUAGGGAGUUGAAUUUCUAUAAAUGGGAGGGUGACAUUUCUCAACUGUCACAGAAAGUAAAAGAUAAGUUGAACAAAAUUACUGAGAAGUGGACUGCAAAAGAGAAAGAUCAUUGCUUAAAGGAAACUGAAAAGACAUUUGAAUAUCUGGGAAGGAUUCUUCGUCUAGUUAUGGCCUAA